AUCUGACAAUCGUACGAUCCUCUUAUGGAAGAUUUCUCUGCGCACAUCGGUUUUGGUAUGUUUUCCUUUUGAUUGAUGGGCAGUGAUCUCUGGAACAACAAAUUUCGCCGUGAAUUGAGAUGUCUUCAUGCAUGAUCCACAUUUUAUCAAAAUUGCAGCAAAUUUUGUGUUACACGCAUGCAUCGGUUGUAACGUAAAUCUCGAAAAAAAUGCUUUAAAUUCGUGUUUCAAACGUUAAUUGUGGAUCCAUGGAGCAAAGGUAACUUUUCCCACACCCUUACACGAGACUGGAGAAAGGUAAUCUAUGAAAGCGGCUUAGUUUCGGGCCACUCUGGUUCUGGGCUUCGAAAACAAAAUCAUGAGAGCGACAACAAUGAUGUAUUUCAUCAGCAUUUCUAGUGUUUUUCGGCAUACUAAUGAUAAGUGGGCACAUCUGCUGCAGCGCAGUGUAAUCGCGUUAAUAGUUAUGGAAACUCCUCAACACGUGGAAAGAAAUCACGUUAAUUUCCUGUAGCAAGGUUUGAAAGCAUGAAAUGAAAGGAGAAGACCACUGGCCUGUAAUUUCUGGUCUGUGUGAUCUCGGGGUGAGCAUUUAGACAGCAAUGAUUGCCAAUGACAGCACAGCUUGAUCUCUCACGACUUGCUACAACAACGGGCAGAAUUGUGCGGCCAGCCGUACAGGACGUCCACGUGUCUGUUGAACUGACCUACAAAAGAGAAGGAGCUCGGGGUUGGUUGCGACUGGUACUGAUGCAGACUAGUUCUCCUCUUACGACUUCAGUCUCAGUCAGACUCUAUUAGAAGGGAAGCAUUUCCAGAGUCAGCAAUAGAAGCAAGUUCUUUUUAUUCCGCAAACGACUGGACGCUGAAGCCUUUGCUCAAGAGGAGACGCAGUUGCAUUGGCGACCCAGGACGAGGUCAUCUGACAGAGGCCGUGCUCCUCCCUAAGAUAGGUGUUUCAUCAGCAGCGUUGUUAUCGACAGACUAGGACAUAAAGAUCGGUCGCUUCAAGGUGACCACUGUCAAGGCGUUUCUUAUCGGAGAGCUCUUCCAAGAUCUCCAUUAGUAGCAACACUGAAGGCGAUCACUAGACUCGCAAGCCUAGCUACAGCCGUAGGGCGUCUGAAAUGGAAGGAAAUUUAAGCGAUUACAACGGGACAACUAACGGUUUUGCACAUCCUUAUUUUAAUACUACAGGUCAAUGUUUGGAAUGGUACGCGGAAAGCGAUGUCGGUGUGAAGUUGACUUUCGGAGCUAUCAGAACAAUUUGUGCGACUGAGUCAGACUGGGGACCGUUUGCAUUCCGUGGCGGGCAAGCCGUCAUAAUAGUCAUAAGCGUUAUCUGUAUCCUGCUCAACAGUCUCAUCAUUUUUGGAAUCGCCAAAGGACAGCAACAUACACCGCUAUACUACCUGAUUGGCAAUCUGGCCGUUACAGAUAUAACCACCAAUGUGAUUGGUCUCGUUAUGUUUGAGCUGAAGGAUUCUGUGACAUAUAGACAGUAUAUGUUACUGAUUGUAACGGUAUUGCACUUUCCCGUGAUCCUAUCUCUGACCGGACUGGUUCUCCUGUCUGUGGACCGCUACAUCGCCGUCAAACACGCCAUCUUCUACCACCACACCGUCCACGGUGGGCACGUCUCAAUGGCGGUGGCAGGGGCCUGGGUCUUCGCCGCUCUCCUCUGCUUCUCACCGACGAUGGGAUGGAACUGUAACGCGAUGGGCACCAGUGAUCAGCUCUGUUUCCUCGGGGCCGUGGAGAGCAGCUACAUCCUGUUCAUGACUGUCCUGUGCACGGCUGGUGUCGCUGUGGUGGUGUUCACAAACGCGCGCGUGUUCGCGGUGCUGAGGAGGCGCCUGAGGGUGGUCGCAGUCCAGGAGCAGCAGCAGGGCCGUGUCCACAUCCACCGGCAGCAGAUCGGCGCCGCGCAGAGAAAGGCCAAAAGCGUACUCAUCAUCAUCGCCGUGUUCCUCAUUGCCUGGCUGCCUUUUCUGUCCUGGCAGGUAACAGUGCUCGUCAGCAUUCACAACAGUUGGGACGGUUUGGUUGGGAUCAACCUGCUCUUUAGGUGCGUGUUCAUCCUUGUCAUAGGGUUAGUCCCCAUGGUGAAUCCGUUUGUGUACGCCUUCCGCCUGCCGGCGCUGAGAAGAGUGGUCUGGGACAGCCUUAGAAACGGCGGGAUCUUCCUGUGGCGUCGUCUCGCUCCGCCACAACAGGUACAUCCAGCUUCAAUAGAAAUGUCUGUCGUUGCUACUUAGUUGCCUUGAUUACUGAACAGCCGAAAUUGUGUAGUAGCCAGUGGUUUUAUUUUCUAAAAAUACCGCUAAGUUGCGGCCCGAGCAUGUUUACGUAUACAAGGACACAUUAGUCAUUACGUCGGCACAUAGAACAUUAUUCCGGGCCGUUUAAAAACACUAUUAGAUUAUAGAUCUUUAUUAUGUGCUUCUGUUUUGUGUUUAUUCACCAUUUAGUUAUUCCAAUUGUAGACUAUAGCUAGUGCAUUAGAGUUCGAAGUAUCGUCUAGAUGUUGUUGCCACAAAUCGCUGUGUAGUCUUGAGUACAUACACAUGAACAUAAUAUUUUGUGUAUGCUAUAAAUGUACGUCGACGUAGAAAAUGUCGCCUUGUCCAUUUGAGUUCUGCUGAACAAUGUAGAAAUAUGACAAGAAAGUACGUAAAGAAGUGCGCUUCUGCCUUGAAGCAAAAAUAAAGCAUUAAGAAGUAACAAAAUUUGGAAUGAUGUAUUCUUGACUCUGAGUCGAAGGGUUGUUAUGAUGGAACAGGAGCAAUUGCACAUGAUAGCCUCCAUAGUAGGCUCUCUGGGUUUUUUUCCCCUCAUGAUACAGCAUUGUUGGCCAUUUCUUUUUGUACUGGGUCAUUUGCACUGCCUGUUCGUACAAAGGACCCAGUACGACGUACAAAAAGAAAUGGCCAGCAAAAGUGUAUUAUGAGGAAAAACGAAAAAAAAAAUGCCCAGAGAGCCUGCUAAGGAGGUUAACAUAAUGUAUGGUCGUACCCAUUCUCCUAUUCGCAGAGGGACCACAGUCGUGUUGAAACCCCAAUAGGCUAAUGCCAUUGGGGACGGGGCGUAGGAGGAUGGGUCCUACCAAGUGGGUUAUAGUAGGAGAUAGGUGUGGCCUCCAACCAUAUGCAUCUUUGAACCAAUCAGAGAAUCACCUAUUAAAACGAUUUUUUUAAAAAUCAAAGCCAAUCUUCUGAUUGGCUGAGA